UUGUAGUCUUUGUUUUUAUCUUUAUCGGUGUCAUAUCUUAAUAAUUUGUAAUAUUUUGUCUCUUUAUACGAAUUAUCACAAUAAUAUUAAUACUAAAACUUAAAAUAUCAAGUGUCCACAUAAGAGGAGGCCUAUUUAAAACUCGUAUUAUAAAUUAAAACAUGUUAUUCAACUUUUGAUGAAACAAACUCGCGCAAUGUUAUAAAAAUGAUUUAAUAAAAUUCUGCAUUUGUAAUAAAUUUAUUGAUAGAAAUGGCUGACGCACAAAUUGCUAAUAUAGUUAAUGAAAUUUUGAGGGUGGAAGCUGUAGAAGAGGCGUUUAGUUGCUUUCUAGUACACAAACCUGAUCAAGAAAAUGAAAGGUUAUCUAUGUAUCAAAAAAAGCUCUGUGCAGUGAUGACCACAUUAAGCGCAGACUUGCAAGAGUCUGCUAUACGCCAAUACCUGACUCUUACUGCUGUCUUAACAAAUAGAUAUAAAAUGAAGCAACUGUUAACUCUUUUGGAAAAUUUAGUUAACACUAACAUUUUACAGGCAAGGAUGCUUUGUGAUUGUAUAUUAACAAGCGAAAAACUUGUUUAUCAGUAUGCAGAUUAUUGGAUAGAAUGUUUCAAUUUGAUCAGAAGGAUUAUUGGAGGUGUUGAUUACAAAGGAGUUAGAGAAAUAAUGAAAGGCUGCAGAGAAAAAGCUCAUACAUUACCAGUGAGACUUAAUUCGAGUACUAUGCCUCAACUGAAGGCCUUAGACAAUGUUAUUGAAUAUAUAUUUGAUCGCAAUGCUUCAUUGUUACCAGCAUACUUUAUAGUAACUGAGAUUCAAAAAGAUUAUCCAGAUAAUAAUCACUGGCCUCAUUGGCAAUUAGCUAAAUUAUUGACUAGUUUUGUCGAGAGUUUCAAACCUUGUGCUCAAAUGGUUUCUAUUAUUGGACAUUCACAUAUGCUGCCUGUCGUUGAGUUUUCUGGAUAUGCUGAUCAUCUUAUCAACCCUUGGCGAUUAGAUCCUACAACUUUAAAAUUCUCUCUUAAGGGAAAUUUACCAUACGAUGAUGAGCUUCUGAAGCCUCAAAUAGCACUACUAAGACAUGUUUUGCAGCAGCCUUAUUCUAGAGAUAUGAUGUGCUCAAUGUUAGGUCUACAAAAACAACAUAAGCAGCGUUGCAUUGCCUUAGAAGAUCAACUAGUUGAGCUGAUGAUACUUCCUAUGGAGAGAAGUGAACAAGAAAAUGAGGAAGAUGAGAUGUCUUCAACACAUUGGUGUUGGUUGCAUUUAUCAUCACAAGUUAUUUACUUAAUUUUAAUUGGUUUUGCCUCUUUUCCUAACAUAGUUAUGGGCCUCCAUAAUAAAUUAAUUGGUCAUGAUAUGAAGAAAGGGCGAGACCACCUAAUGUGGGUUCUGCUACAGUAUAUAUCAGGAAGUAUACAAAGAAAUCCGUUGUCAAAUUUUUUGCCAAUUAUAAAAUUACACGAAGUUUUAUAUCCUGAAAAAGAGCCCUUACCAGUGCCCGACUAUGCGAAAGCUCAUUGCACGCACCAAAUGGCUGUUGUGUGUAUUUGGAUGCAUUUGUUAAAGAAAGCUGAAACAGAACACAAAACUAUGACCAUGCCACAAAACUUGAAAGUUCAAUAUGAGUUUCUUCAACAUCUCAUGACUUCAAAUAGUACUCCAACAUUAAUGGGAUCCGAUUAUCGCAUAGCUUUGUUAUGCAAUGCGUAUUCUACAAAUCAAGAAUACUAUGCAAGACCAAUGGGAAUCAUAAUUGAAACUCUUAUUGGCACUCAAAAAGCCUUACCAAAUGGCAAUCCAGCAACUCCUCUGCCCACGGUGCCUCUGUCAAUGUGUAUCUUGGAUAGUCUGACAUUACACUGCAAAAUGUCGCUUAUUCAUUCAAUUGUAGCACAUGUUGCAAAACUUGCUCAGAACAAAACCAAUAUGCCAGGAAGUACAAUGAUGGCACCAGCACUGGUUGAAACAUACAGUCGACUACUGGUGUAUACUGAAAUAGAAUCUUUGGGUAUAAAAGGUUUUAUAAAUCAAUUCUUACCGACAGUAUUCAAAUCGCAUGCAUGGGGAAUACUGCACAACCUUUUGGAUAUGUUUUCUUACCGCAUACAUCAUAUACAACCUCACUACAGGGUAACUCUGUUAUCUAAUAUACAUUCAUUGGCGGCAUACCCACAAGCGAAUCAGACACAGUUGCAACUGUGUUUUGAAAGUACAGCACUUCGUUUGAUAACGAGUUUGGGUAGCUCAGGAGUUCAGUUACAAAUGUCCCGCGUUGUUUCGGAACCCAAAUCUCUCGUUUCUUCAGAGAGCGAGGAGCUCAAUCGCGUUUUAGUGCUUACGCUUGCGCGCGGCAUCGCUAUGACGGGAGCAGGUAGCGACGGGGCCGCUGUGAAGGAGCUGCUCACGACUAUUAUGACGAAUACGCCGCAUAUGUGGUCACAGCAUACCCUGCAGUGUUUCCCGCCAGUGCUUGUGGAGUUUUUCGCUCAGAACCCGGCUCCUAAAGAAAACAAACAAGUUUUAAAAAAGUCUGUAGAAGAGGAAUAUCGCAAGUGGACGUCAAUGGCAAAUGAUAAUGACAUCAUAUCGCAUUUCUCGGUACCAGGAACGCCGCUGUUCUUAUGUCUUCUUUGGAAGAUGAUUUUCGAAACUAACAGAAUAAAUCCUAUUGCUUUCAAGAUCCUAGAACGUAUUGGUGCUCGUGCAUUAUCUGCGCACUUGCGGAAAUUUUGCGAUUACCUUGUAUUCGAAGUGACCAACCCUGCGGGCGGACAUAUCACCAAAUGUGUAGAAGCCAUAAAUGAUAUUAUAUGGAAAUAUAAUAUAGUUACCAUCGACAGGCUUGUUCUAUGUUUGGUACUCCGUCCUAAUCCUGAUGCAAACGAGAGCCAAGUGUGUCUGUACAUUAUUCAGCUGUUGCUAUUAAAAGGGGGUGAACUUCGAAACAGGGUGCAAGACUUUGUAAAAGAGAACUCCCCCGAGCACUGGAAACAAAAUAAUUGGUAUGAAAAGCAUUUAGCGUUCCAUAGAAAAUACCCAGAGAAAUUUGCACCUGAAGAAGCAAGUAGCGCUUAUGGCGGCCCAAUUCCGGUGUAUUUGAGUAACGUUUGUCUCAGGUUCAUCCCUGUAUUUGAUAUAGUCGUUCAUAGAUAUUUGGAGAUACCGCAAGUCAGCAAAAAUUUGGAGCAUCUUUUGGAGCAUCUGGGCCACUUAUACAAAUUCCAUGAUCGUCCAGUCACGUUUUUAUAUAAUACACUCCACUAUUACGAGUCCAAACUUCGUGACAAGCCAUUAUUAAAGAGAAAACUCGUGAAUGCGGUACUCGGUUCACUAAAAGAUGUGCGUCCACCUGGUUGGGCCACCACUGAAGCUUUUCAGGCUUAUCUUGGAAACACAGACACAGAUGCUACAGGAUGGACUCCAGACCUCAACUAUUACUUGAGUUUGGUUAACAGAAUGGUGGACACUAUGACUGGCAACUCGCACUUCCCAAACACUGACUGGCGCUUCAACGAAUAUCCAAAUCCUUCUGCACAUUCACUUUAUGUGACGUGUGUUGAACUCAUGUCCUUGCCUCUGGCUCCUAACUUUGUGGGGAACAGCCUCCUAGACGUGGCUACAAAAGGAUUUGUAGUAAUCCCUGCUACGAAAAUUCAAUUAUGGAUCAAUGCUAUAGGAUUAAUAAUGGCUGCUCUUCCGGACCCAUAUUGGAAUGUUUUACAUGACCGUAUUUUGGAAUUGAUAACGAAUAAUGAAAUGAUAGAGUGGCCAUACCCGCACACUCCUUUCCAGCUUUUUAAUUUGACGACAACAAAUGAGGCUAUGUUAGAGAAUAAGUAUAGCUUAACAUUGGCGUUGGCUCAUGCAGUGUGGUAUCAUGCAGGAGCGGGGCAAAUCAUGCAAGUUCCACAAUUUGUGAAGGAGAAAUUGUCGUCGGAGAUAAGGACUGAGGUUCAAUUACUGUUCCUAUGUCAUUUAGUAGGCCCCUUCCUACAACGGUUUAAUUCUGAUCUGUCACGAGCUGUAAUGGAUAUUACGAUUACUCUGUACGAGUUGCUCGCACAUAUCGAUAAGGCGCAGCCCCAUCUUCAAUAUAUCGAUCCGAUUUGUGAUCUACUUUACCACAUAAAAUAUAUGUUUGUUGGUGAUACCUUGAAGAAUGAAGUGGAGAGCGUCAUACGAAAGCUGCGUCCGGCUUUACAGAUGCGCCUGCGGUUUAUCACUCAUUUGAAUGUGGAGCAAAUAAACACAGCCUAGCAGAACGAUUACUACAGCUACACGCCUUCUAGCUCCAGUUCUAGCUCAGAAUGAAUGGCGACAGCUGUAGUGAUAUACUAAGAUUAACAUACAAUUUAACACUGAUUUAGUUUUAAAUUGAAUGUUGAUUAGGGAUCAGCAAAAUAGUUCUGACUGAAACCUCUUUUGAUGUAAUACGUGAUUAUAGGAUAACUAAUUUUAUCUGAAAGAUUUAAAUAUUUGAUAAUUUAGAAGAAGGAGAGACAUUGGUACAUCGUCUACUGCACAAGGUUCGUCUUAUACAUUCGUUAAUUAUUUAUGAUUUAGUAACAUUCUAAGGGAUUAUCAGGAAUAUAGGGUUAUUUCUUAUAUAUCUGGGAUUUGAUAUAAUGCCCUUUCUAAAAUAAAGAUUUCAGACAGGGACGGAAAAUAUGAACAUAUUAAAUUAUAACUGUUUGUUCAUUCAUCGAUAUGUGGCAAUUUUUUUAUACUUAAUAAUUCUUUAUAGUUAAAUACUUAAUAAUUAUUAAGUUACUUUUGUUAUUUAUAUUGCAUUGCGUUAGUAGUUUAUAAUUUCGAGUUUAAUAAUAUUUUUGUUACAAAACCUACAAUUAUUUAUAUUUAUUUCAUAUUUAUUAUGAAUCUGUAAUAAUAAAUAUUUGAAGCAUCACAUAUAAUAAAAACACAAAUAUACCGAAUCAUAAUUAUGAUAUUGCAAUAAAUAAUCACAAUAAAGUAAAAAUAGACCCUUAAAUAAGAAAAGAAGAACAAAGUUAAACCUUUAAAUGUGAUAAUUAUACAAAAGAUAGAAAAAAUAGAAAGAAAAGGAAAAUAGUGGAAAAACUUUUUCCGUCUAUUAUUUAGGAUACCUGAAGGUGGAAGGAAGAAAAUUUAAAUACGCAUACAAAAAUAGAAUACUGAUACUAAAUUUUUAUUUAAAAUACAUUAACUUUUAAUAAAAUUAAUUCGCAUUAUAUCUAAAAUACGAAACGCUCCGCCUGCAUGUAACAUCAUAUGUUGUAUUACUAGAUUUGUAGAAUUUAUGAAUUGAAUAUUUUAUUAGCUAUACUAAACUCUCUCUUUAUCGACUAAUUACUUCAUUAUAACCAGUGAUCAUUUCAUAACACCAGUUCAGAACAGUGAACAAGUAACGUAGGCGUACGGUAAUUAGAAUUAUUAUGCGUGAAGUAAAUCUAUCUUACAAUAUUACAUUUUAUUAGUUGUAGGUACCAAUAUUUUACCAUAAACCAUCGUGAUAUUUUAUAAUAAUAUUUGUUUAAUAAUAAGUUAUUAUAUAUGUGUGUUUAAAAUUCCCGUUACCCACAUUCAUAUAUGUAGUUAAAAAUGAACAUAAAUUUAUAAGUAAUUAUUUUGAUUAUUAUUCAUUAUAAAUUUUUGUUAAAUGAUCCCCGUAUUCAAUAAUAGCUAUGUGUACGUUUUGCAAUCUAAAAUAUAGUUGAAGGAACCACGUAUUUGUAAAACAUACGUUUAUGUUUACUUCACCAAAUAAAUUUAGCUAUGAGCAACGUGUCAAAAAUCAAAACAAUAAUUUUAGAAAGAACAAGUAGUUUGAAAUAAACAUAAUAUUAAGCAUGUUUGUUAAAGUUUCAAUAACAAUAUUGCUACCAUUAGAACAAAAUGUAGUGACUUAAUACAGUUCAAAUAGUGAAUUAGUUAUAUACAUAAAAUGUGUUUUUGCUUAAUAUUAGGUAAGAAUACAAGAAGGUACUUAUUGUGAUAUAUUCAGGGUCUGAUCUUGCUAUUGUUUCACUUUAGGCAAACGUUAUAUUUGCCGCCUUUGACAAUGAUACUUUAUAAGUAUUGUACUAUAUUGAUGACAAAAAGUGCCGCGGUCGCCCUAAAUCUCAAUUUAGUCGCUCCUCAUUUCUUUCGUUCUAGACAUUUGACCUCCACUCCAACAAUAGAUUGGACUCUGGGUAUUUUACACAUUUUGUACAUUAUGU